AUGGGGGUGGACGUGAGCCUCCUCCGGUUCACCCACGACACCAUCUCUCGAGUCUUCGCGCACGGCAGCCAGAGGGGCCGCGAGGUCACCACGCUGGUGGACGACCUGGUGGCCGGCAGAGUGUGCGCCAACGGGGACGAAAGGCUCAGGCUGCAGACCGUCACGUUCAAUGGGCACCUCUACUCGCUGAACAACAGGCGGCUGUGGGCCCUGAAGGAGUUCGCGAGGCGCCGCGGCGGGCCCGUGGGCAUCACCGUCCGCGUCUUCGACAUGUGCCCGAUGACAGCCAAGUUCUUCCUGUCGCACUCGACGCGCAACCAGGGCCGAUCCUGCGCCCUCCGGGGGCCCGCGGGGGGGGCAGCCGAGGACGCCGGCAGCGAGGGCGGGAGCGGCUGCGACGGGCCGGCCGCGGCCUGUGAGGCCUGCGAUGCAGAGGCGCAGACGGAGGAGAGGUGGCCGGGGUGUUACGGCGAGGGCUCCGGGGAGCCGGCGGGGGGCGGCAGAGGCGAGCCCGCGGGCGCCGCGGAGCAGUGUGGGGUGGCAGCCCCGGCGCCCCCGAGGCAGCUGCUGGACUGCGGCGGGGAGGAGUUCCCUCGAGGCAGGUAUCCAGGCUUGCUCGAGAGCUUCCAGCACCUCCGCGACCUGUGCCCCCUGCGCGAGGAGUGCUGGGCGGAGUCCUCGGACAGGCACCAGGACGCGUUCCGCGCCUUCCGCAGCGCCCUCGUCAGGAUGCCCCAGAGCCCCGCCGACCGCCGCUUCCUCGACGCGCUUCCUGACAAGCACAGCGUGCGGGACUACCUGGUCAAGUUCCGGGAGCUGCGGCCCAUCCAGGGCAGGCGGGUCCACGAGACGCUGCGCCAGCUGGCGGAGUGCAGGCUCUGGCAGGCGGAGCUGGCCCAGGCCCUCGAGGCCCUCGAGCAGGACUGCAGGCGGCCUGCGCCGCGAACGGUCCGGGAGCUGCCGUGGCAGCGCAGCAGGGGCAGGGCCUCCGCUCGCACCCUCGGCGCGGCAGCGGCCUCCGCCUCCGCGCAGCCGCCGGCUGCGGCGCUGGCCUCCCGCGCAGCUCCGACGGGGCCGCGAGAGGCGGCCCCGCAGGCCGCGGCGGAGUGGCGCUGCGCCAACCCGGAACUGAGGCACCUGCGCGAGCUUUACGACUUCUGCGCCCAGGGGCGUCUCUCCGUCGGCCCCGACAGCGGCGACGACUCUGGGUUCACCACGGUGUACAAUGGCGCACGUCCGCGCGGCAGGCACGAGGCGGAGUGGCGGGAGGCGCUGAAGCAGCUGCUGCCGUGGAAGGAGGAGCUGCUCGCGUAUGUUCAUAGAUAUGGAAUUCGCCCGUACUUCAAGGGGCGUGCGGACGACGUGCUCGCCACCCUGCGGCAGUCGCCGGAGUGGGCAGGCGCCUCGGCAGGAGAUGCGGGCUCGCCGCUUGGCGAGUCUCGGCUCGACGCCUAG